AAUGAUAGAGGUCAAUGUAUAUUUUAUUUUAAGAACGUCUCCAAGAUGAUUAAAUUAGAUAAAGUCCACCUCCAUCUAUGGUUGAUCAAAAUCAAAAAUAUUCAUGAAGAUGAGAAAGAUAAUCAUAAACUUAAUGGUACCUUCUAAAAGUAUUUGAUAAUCCAAUACUUUUUUAAUGACAUUAGUACCUUAAAAUUAGAGAUACUAAUUGAUAAUAGAUGAU